CCCACGGAGUUUUUCGAUACUUUCGGUGGGCCAUGAGCUCCAAAGAUCGAGCCAUGAGCUCUUUCCGGACCAGGCUCUGCUCCUAUGUCCUCCUCCUCCUGAGCUGCGCUCUCGUGUGCGCGCUCUACCUGGGAACGAAGGAGAUGGCUUUGUACAGCGAAGAAGAAUUGUUGAAUGCGAGCGUUCUUCAUCCACUCUUCAACACUGAGGAGCACUUCGCCGCGCAGUACUGGAACGCCUCGCUGCGGCAGCGCGAGCGCCUGGACGCCCUGACGGAGGCCGUGCACCGCACGGCGGCCGGGCUGCGGGCGCUGGGCAUCAAUGCCUUCCUGGAAUCCGCCGGUCUCAUUGGCUGGCUGCGCCACCAUCGUUCGCAGCUGCCCUGGGACUCGGACGGGGAUUUGGGCAUCCUGGCCGAGGAGUGCCGAAGCUCCGGUGCGACCAAGCAGGACUUCGCCAGGUCCUUGGGCGACGACUUCUCGGUUUUGAAGUUCGCCUGCGCCUGCGAAGAGGAUUGCGAGGGCGACAACCGCCGCAUGGCGGGCCGAGUGGCGCAUAAGAAGACGGGAGUUUGCAUUGAUAUCUUCGUUUAUGCGCCGGUGGCAAAGCAGCGACACUGGCAGAAGACGUCCAAGUAUUCUCAGAUCGAUUGGUGGGAACGCGUGGAUGACCAUGCGGACUUCACGUUUCCCAAGGAGGCCUUGCUCCCCUUGCAGGAGGAGCGCUUCGUGGAGCAAGCGAUCAUGAUCCCCGCGAACCCGCGGGAGUUCUUGAGCUGGGAGUACGGUCGUUGCCUUGGUGCGCAUGUCUGGCCCUGGAGGCUUCUGCUCUACACUGACCCUUCGGAAGCCUUGCACCUGAUCUUAACCGCCAAGGGUGCAAUGCUCUUGUUGGGUACUUCAGGCCUCAACAUCUUACCGGGCUUCCUCCUCUUGGGCUGCACCACUGCAGCGACACUUCUGCUGCGGAAGGGUUUGCUGCUGCUGAGCGUCUUGCUGCUGAGCCUAUGUGAGUCUUUGGCGCUGCUGCUGCGGCCCGACUGGUGUAGCUUGAGACGGAUGCACUUGGCGCUGGUCGUGGUGCUUUGGGCGGUGGGCCUGCAAGCGCUGCAGGGCUGCAUCGAUCAACUCUGGUGCCAAGUGGAUGACUUCUACUUUUCUCCGCGGAGACCCAAGUCCUGGACUUUGUGCCUCCUGGGCCACUGCUGGGACUUCUGAAAGCUCAGAGCUGGCAAGACUGGAGAGAUGCGGAGAAAAGGUGAGCGGAGACAGAUAUUCC